GUCAGUUUAGCCGGAGCGAAGUUGGAUAUCACCGUACAGCAAUAAUUUUCCAUUCAGUCGCUCAAGCCGGUGGACAUGACAGGUUCCAAAGUUGCAGUUGUGACCGGUGCAAACAAGGGAAUUGGACUUGCAGUUGUGAGGUCAUUGUGCAAACAGUUUACCGGCGACGUGUUCUUGACCGCGCGGGAUGUUGGCAGGGGAACGGAAGCCGUUAAAACCCUUAAUGCCGAGGGAUUGAACCCUCUCUUUCAUCAACUGGAUAUCACAGACCCCUCCAGCGUGAACGCUACGCGUGACUUCUUCAAAGAAAAAUACGGUGGAGUGGACGUGCUCAUUAACAACGCAGGAAUUGCCUUCAAAUCGGCUGACACAACGCCUUUUGGGAUCCAAGCUGAAGUCACACUUAAAACCAACUUCUUUGCCACCAGAGACAUGUGUACUGCUUUUCUUCCCAUUAUAAAACCUGGAGGAAGGGUGGUGAAUGUGUCCAGCAUGAUGGGAGCCAUCGCACUGGGACGGUGCAGUCCGCAACUCCAAGAGCGAUUCCGCAGCGAGGACAUCACAGAAGAGGAGCUGGUGGAGUUGAUGGAGCGCUUCAUUAAGGAUGCUCAGGAGGGCGUCCACAGCGAGAGGGGUUGGCCCGACACAGCCUACGGAGUCUCCAAAACGGGCCUCACUGUCUUAUCCAUGAUCUACGCCAGGAGGCUGAGGCGAGAGAGACCUGGUGAUGACAUCCUCCUCAACGCCUGCUGCCCGGGUUGGGUGAGGACAGACAUGGCCGGACAAAAUGCUCCACUUUCACCAGAUGAGGGCGCUGUAACUCCAGUCAAACUUGCGCUAUUGUCACCUGGUGCCAAGGAACCCCAUGGAAAGUAUGUGACAGAAAAAGGCGUUCAGACGUGGUGAGAAUUUGCUUGUCUUGUGUCUUGUGUAUUUAUGUUAUACCCCAAAACCAAAACAGUAAGAAUCAUGGAUAAAAGUGUCUGGAAAUGUAUUAUUUUUUGGCACCAUGGCUUGAAUAUUAUAGAGUCUACAGGUAUUGCCAAACUGAUAUGUCACUGCUAAAGAGAGGCUACUGGCUUUUUUGACAUGUCUGUCAUUUUCAUCCUGUGGA